UACACAAAAAGAGAUCAAUCAACUUUUAACAAUUCUCGAAACUAAUUCUCAAUUUAUGAUUCAUGAAUAUAUGGAUGAGGAUAUUGAUGAUAAAGAACCAGUGAUUGAGCCUGAUCAAAUAUUUGGUAUACGUGGUUCAAUUGUUUCUUUCAUCGAUCGUCUAGAUGAUGAAUUCACAAAAUCAUUACAAAAUAUCGAUCCGCAUACUACUGAUUAUGUGGAUAGAUUGAAAGAUGAAACAGACCUGUAUGACACUAUUGUAAGAGGUCAAAUGUAUUUUGAAAAGAAUGAAUUAAAUGAGGGUACAAGCCGAGUCGUUAUGAGAAGGUUAGAACAUCUAUAUUACAAGCCUGAUCAAGUAAUACAAACAGUAGAAAAUACCGUUCAACAGUUAUAUCCAGCAGGUCUUAAUUCAAAAAUAACUUCGCAUACAUCCGGCUGCGAUCCUUCAGAUUUAAUUCACUCGCUUUGUGUUUACCUCUACAAGAAUGGCGAAUCUUUGCUACGUACACGUGCUAUGCUUUGCCAUAUUUAUCAUCAUGCGUUACACAAUCGCUUUUAUGUUGCGCGGGAUAUGCUUUUGAUGUCACAUUUGCAAGAUAAUAUUCAUCAAAGCGAUGUAGGAACCCAAAUUUUGCAUAACCGCACCAUGGUGCAAGUUGGCCUUUGUGCUUUUCGAGAAGGAAUGAUUAAGGAAGCUCAAAGUUGUUUACAAGAAAUUUGUGGGACUGGUCGUGCGAAAGAAUUAUUGGCACAGGGUCUACAAUUGCAAAGAUAUGCACAACUUCCAUUAGAGCAAGAAAAAAUGGAUCGUCAACGUCAAUUACCAUUCCAUAUGCAUAUUAAUUUGGAAUUAUUAGAAUGUGCUUACUUGACAUGCUCCAUGCUUUUAGAAAUACCCAGCAUGGCAGCUGCAGGAUCAAAUCCUGAAGCACGUAAAAAAGUUAUUAGUAAACCUUUUAGAAGAAUGUUAGAUUAUAAUGAAAGACAAGUUUUUAGCGGUCCCCCUGAAAAUACGCGGGAUCACAUUAUGGGCGCAGCAAAGGCACUUGCCGCAGGUGAAUGGAAAAGAUGUCAAGAACUUAUAAGUGCCAUUAAAAUUUGGGACUUGAUGCCAGAAACCCAAAAGAUAAAAGAAAUGCUGAAUAGGAAAAUUCAAGAAGAAGGCCUUCGCACAUAUCUGUUCACAUAUUCAGCAUAUUAUGAAACGAUAGGACUUGAACAAUUAGCUACAAUGUUUUCUUUGCCUAUAAAUGCAGUCACCGCUAUAAUUUCAAAAAUGAUUUGGAAUGAAGAAUUGGUCGCAUCACUAGACCAGGUCGAUAAUGUUGUUGUAUUACACCGAGUUGAACCAACAAAGGUUCAACAGUUGGCUUUAAUGUUUGCCGAAAAGGCAGCAUCUUUUGUAGAAGCAAAUGAAAGAACAUUGGAAUUGAAACAAGCAGCGGGACAAAAUCAAAGAGAUCAACAAAGGCAAAAAGGCUAG